AUGGACAAGUCACAAAAGAUCAAUGCGCCCUCGGCCACCACCAUCGAUGGCCCGGAAGGAUCUCAAGUGUUAGUUUUCAGCGAAGCGACAACACAAGAGCAACAAGUCAAAUGCUUCAAGGUCGUAGGAUCGAGUUUCGGCUGGCCUCUGCCGGAAGCGGACUAUAUAGAGAGGGAGAAGUACCUCACAGGGCUGCCGCUCACGCGCACAGGCGGUGCUGGAGUGCGAUGGUGGUGUCUUCGAACAGAAGACUGGGGGCAUGUUGUUGCGACUUGCAAAAUUUUGAAUCGGGAUUUGCUCACCCGGACUGCUGAUGGAGUAACCAGAGACAGACAAGGCUAUUGCAUUGGGGCAGUCGCUACUGAUAAACGAUAUCGUCGACUGGGGCUUGCCGAAUUCCUCUUGAGGGCUGUUGCGCAGUGGAUGGAUGGACCUGGAGAGGCUGAUGCGAGUAUGUUGUACUCAAGUAUUGGGAAGUAUUACACCAACAAAGGGUGGAGAAUGCUCCCUGCAUUCCAAUCGGUUUUGUCUGCGAGUCAGUCUCCGGCAUCGCUGAAUAGAUCGGAGCUCCCACAAACGAAACCUUUGGUGCUGGAUGACAUCCCAGCACUAUGUGCUCGAGAUAUUGGCGCCAUGAAAGUUGAGUUUUCUAGUUAUAAACCCGCUGCGGCUGAAAUCCUCAUGGCCGUCCUUCCUUCUGCAAACCUUGUCAGCUGGCUACAAGAGCGAGCUGCAUUCAUCAGUAGUAAGACCAAUGGCGAAGUCCCCAUGAUCAAAGGCGCCAUCUGCGAAGAUGCUAAGACGUGGGUGUUCUGGCAUCACGACUUUCCAGAUCGCGAGUUGACUAUCCAAAGGGUCGUUACACCGACCAAGGCGGCGGAGGCCGAGGAUAAGGAGAGCCAGAAGGAGACAACCCUAGCUUUAGCCAGCCUUUUGUUGGCAGCUUUGGACGAGACUCAGAAGUGGAAGUUGCAUAAGACCGUCAUAUGGAGUCCAACGCCCGAGCUGAACCGUGCUAUUCACAUGGUCCAGGAACACUUUGGAGUGGGCGUGACGAAUGAAGAACGAGUAAAUAGCAAUGUCCCUUCAGUGAGGUGGCAGGGAGGGGAUGAGGAGAAGACCAAACAAAUUGAGAUUUGUCACAAUGAAUUCUAUGCUUGGAGUUGA